AUGAACCGUACGCCUUUGAGCGCUUCUCUGAGACCAGUGAUGGGUAAUAGAGGACGCUCAAUAUCAAGCAUUCUGGGAAUACACACAAAUACAGCAAGGCCUACGGUUAAAAUCAUGAAUUCAGGCGUUUUCCAAAAUCCUCGAUCAACUACUCAGCUUUUACCAUCACUCAAUGAUAAUUCCAAUAAUAGAGCACUUUCAACGAACUAUUUUUCUGGAGGAAAUGCUCUCCCUGGCCAAAUUAAUAAAGAAUUAACCCAAAAGAUCCUUUCUUUAAAACCAGACAUAAAACAAGUUUCACAAUUUGCAAUAGAAGCUAGAUCUUCCGAUAGUUAUCUGUGCAUUUCAGAAGAAACAACAUUACACUUAUAUAAUACGAUUGGAGAGAUUAUUUUUAGACCUUUCGAUGAUAUGACAUACCUUGAUGAAUAUAACGACGACCCUUUCGUUAAAUCUUUAGAUGUAUGGAAAGAUUUAAAGAAUAUUUAUUCAUUAUUACAAUGUCUCAUCACAAAUGCAUUUCCUAAGGCAACAAUAGAUUGGCUUAUGAAUAAGAAUGCAGAAAAGCUGUUUAUGAACUUAUUAUCACCAGAUCCAAGAGAAGUAACAGUGAUUGAAUCAAUUGUUUUGUCUAUUUUCAAGAGUUGGGCUGAUAUUUCAACCAAAUUUGUUAGUGCUUCGACAGUCAUUAUACAGAAUUUCCUUGACGGAAUUCAUACUUUUUACGGAAUUUCGACCGUAAUGAAAUUUUUAGACCUCUAUUACAGAUCAAGCAGUGAUGCGUGGGAUGAAUCAUCAAAUACUCUCACUUUAACGCUUUUCAUCCCUGCUUUGCUUAAUAAUUUUGCGUACAAAUAUUAUUCGCCUCUAAAUCGAGUUCUUUCGUUUGCCUACUCUAAGAAUGAAUCACUAGCUGAAACUUGCUUAUCGAAAAUGCUAAAAUCAUGGCCAGUAACUUGUUCAUCAAACAUUGUCUGUUUUUUACACCAUUUUUCAUCGAUUGUUACAAUAGCUGGGCCAAAUAAAAUUACACCAUACGUAGUACCAAUGUUUAAUCAUAUUAUUGAAUCAGCGAAAAGCGACAACCACAAAGUCUCGUUUUCAGCACUUACGAUCAGUUCUAACGUUACUUUUAUCUUUGAGUUCUUACAGACUUACGGGCAUUACGUCAGAGCUCUUUAUUCAGUUGCCGAAGAAAUGCAAACGAAACAUUGGUCAGAAGAGGUCAGAAUGGCAGCCAAACAGGCACUUAUAUCUAUUAAUAACGCUGCCCCACAGAUUAAGCUUAUCCCUGCUCCAAAUCCUCAAGCACAGAAGUCACAAAGAUUAGAAAUUUGGAAAGAACUUUCUUCUCAAUGUGGAGUGGAAUUGGUCGAUCCUUUCUCUCAGAAAUAA